CCAGCCAGCGACCAACCAACUAACUCUCCCAGUUGGUUUAUGUACUUGGUAACAAGCUGGUUUUUCGUCGUGUACAGCAGUGCGCGAGAUUUUUCCUCGCGACUCGCGAUGCUCAAAGCAUGUUUUUCCGUUCAGGCAGAAUAGUGACAUGAGUAGAUUGAUCUAUGGCAGAUCAACAAGAUCAGUCGUCGUCUGGGGGGUCUGUAGAGAAGACCAGUGCUUCAGCAGACACCUCUAAAUUAAGGGGGAAAAGCUCUAGCAGUGGCAGCAGUGGGUAUAGAAAGCGACACAACAGUGGUGCCAUCCCAGUUACGCUCGAAGAAAAACGUCGCAAGCAGUCCAUUGAGGAACCACAGUCCCUACAACUUCUUCCAGCAGCCUCAUCCAGUUCACCUUCAUUGCAACGAAGAUCUGUUGAUUCUGCAAAGGGUGAAUAUCGUCCACGGGGCGAGCGUAAAGGUCAUGGCACUGGCUUAGGAUUAUUAUUAGAUUCAGACUGGAGACAGCGACAGAAGUCGCAACAAGUGAACACAAUUGGUGGAAAUACUGUGAGGAUUCGAACUAGUGGGACCAAGAGUAGUUCGUCUGAUUUGAAUUUAUCGGUUGAUUGCGUAGCCUCAAGGACGAGAUCUCGUGCACCUGCUGCAAGCGCUCAAUUUUCAUCGAAAGUAGCCGUUGUCACCGAAUUACCCCUUCCCCACAGUAUCAGCAAUAGAAAAAUAACUCAAACCAACAAUAAUUUGGUUCCAUCAUCAAGCACCACCUCCGUUCCCAAUCACCCAUCUACGUCCAAAGGCAGAGGAAGUAAAACUCAAAGUGGAAGUGGUGGUAGUAGUGGCUGUUUGAACGGCAGUACGAGUAGUCAAGCUUUUGGUGUGAAGUCAAGCAUCAGAGUGGGUAACGCAGCCAGCAACUCUGUGGAGAGUAGUGGGGGGGCGUUGGCACAUGAGGGGGCAGGCACCAGUGGCACAACAGCUACAUCCACUGGCAAUACGUCUGUGUCUGCCGCCACUGCCAACCCUACACUCUCAAAUUCUACGCACAAACAUUUGCUGCGUUCCAGGGUCAAACUUUCAGCCGACCAGUCAAAGGACUGGCCAUCCAAGGCUUCCGGAAAACAUCACAAGAAAGAUUCAUCGUCUAGUUCCUGUUCCAGCUCUAGACAUCGUUCAUCGUCACGAGCACGAAAAGCAGCUGCCGAAACUGCUUCCGGAGGAGGAGGUACUUUAAUUCCAGGAGGUGAAGUUGUUUCGAAUAGCACAAGCGCGACCUCGGUUUCAUCUUCAGCCCCCAGCAGUCAAUUGACAUCCAGCACAACUGGAGAAGAAUCAGCAUCGACUGCUAAUCCCGCUACUGCAAGUGGAGGCCCAUCUGGUAUGUCAGCAACCACAGGGGACAGCGAAAGCGACGAUGGCGAAGUUGGAAGACUCCAAGCACUGCUCGAAGCAAGAGGCCUGCCACCUCACGUAUUCGGAGCUCUCGGACCUCGAAUGCAGCAUCUGCUCAACAGAAGUAUGGGUGCAAGUUCUGCUGCAAAAGCACAACAACUCUUGGCUGGAUUGCAAGCUGUGGACGAUGAGGGAGAACAGCUCCAAGCAGUCAUAGGAAUGGGAGAAAUUCUUGUCAUGGGAAACGAAGACACCCUGCCAGGAUUUCCAGUGAAACAAGUCGUUGCCGCUCUAAUAAAUCUUCUUGGAAUAGAGCACAAUUUCGUCAUAAUGACCCACGCCUGUCGUGCAUUGACCUACAUGAUGGAAGCCCUUCCCCGAUCUUCUACAGUCGUUGUUGAUGCCGUGCCAGUUUUCCUGCAAAAACUGGAGUCGAUCGAGUGCAUGGACGUUGCUGAACAAUGUCUCACCGCCCUCGCAAUGUUGUCCCGAAGACACAGUAAAACAAUCCUUCAUGCUGGCGGUGUCUCCGCGUGUCUGAAGUUUGUUGACUUCUUCAACAUCACAGCGCAACGAGCCGCUUUGACAAUUACCGCCAAUUGUUGUCAAAAUCUCCACCCCGACGAUUUUCAUCUCGUCGCCGAAAGUCUCUCCCUCCUCACGAGCCGACUUGCAAAUCAGGAUAAGAAAAGUGUCGAGUGCGUGUGCCAGGCCUUCAGUAGAUUGGUCGACAGUUUCCAGCACGACCCGGUGAUGCUUCACAAAAUCGUGAAUGCAGAACUCUUGCAGAAUCUACAGCAGUUGCUCAUGAUCACUCCACCAGUCAACAGCAUUGGCAACUUUAUCACUGUUCUCAGAAUGCUCUCGGCGAUUUCCAAUCGCUGUCCAGACCUAGCGCAAUUACUUCUUCAGCAAAAUAUUGCAUUCACCUUGAGUUAUCUUCUGACUGGUUCCCUUGAAGUGAAAACCGAGGACGUGGAACUCGUUCCCCGAUCGCCACAAGAAUGGUUCGAGAUCACUUGUCUCAUCGAGGAGCUGAUGCCGCCUUUGCCGACCGACGGGAUCUUCAGUGUAAAUAGUUUACUCGAGAGGACGAGUAGCCAGCAGGAAACUGUCCACUGGGAGUGGCGAGACGAGCGUCACUGCUGUCAUCCUUUCAGCACGAUCGACUCCCGAAUUAUAGAGAUGGCCUUCCAGAAUGGGGAAGAUGAGAUCUGUCUGUCGACCCUGGGACGCACUUACACGAUAGAUUUGACUGUGAUGAAACAAAUUAACGAGGAUAUGGGAAUGGCGAGGAGCAUAUUCCGGAGAGUCAAUACCAAUCCGACAGAGGGAAAAAGUCCAACUUGUUCAUCGAGUAUGGAUGUAGUGCCGCCUGUGAUCGAAACAAACGAGUGGCUCGUGUCCUUCAUUCGAACCCUGUUUUCCGUGUUGUAUGAGGUUUACAGCAGUUCGGCGGGACCUGCGGUCAAGCAUAAAUGUUUGCGAGCUUUGCUUCGAAUGGUUUACUACGCGUCGACUGAUCUUCUCAAGGAGGUUCUGAAGAAUCAGGUUGUGUCGUCUCAUAUUGCGGGAAUGCUUGCUUCGCAAGAUUUGAGAAUUGUGAUUGGAGCAUUGCAAAUGGCGAGUAUCCUGAUGAAGAGACUGCCACAUGUCUUUGGAGUUCACUUUCAUCGGGAGGGCGUUCUUCAUCAAGUUCGACAAUUGGCUGAUCCAGAAAUUCCGCUUGGUGUUUCGCCGCCCAAGUGCUCUUCUAGUACAUCAUUGCCGAGUCCUCAACCAGGUCCGUCGAACAUUCCGCUCUCGGCCACACCAAUCUCUUCUAGUAGCGCCACUUCUCCAAUCGCAUCUCCAACAACUAAUGGAAAUAUUCUAUUUGGAACUAUCGCUACGAGUCAAUUAAAACCAAAUCUUACUGCCACAAUGGAAACUCGCAGCCGGACUGAUUUGAGCGUCAGCAUUGACGAUUCCAACACACCACCAAAUGCACAUUUAAGAAUUGGAGAUGUUUUAAAGAGGAAAAGGCAGAACAAGAAAGGCCGUUUCUCGAGAUUGGGAAGUGGAACUCCACAGCAGCCCCAGCAGCCCGAGUCCCUCUUCACUGGAUUUACCCCGAAGAACAGUCGUUUCUUGGGGAAUCUGAAUCCAGCGAGAUGGGGAAAGAAAUCGGCUUCGUCGAGUUCUAGCAGUGAUAAACGGGAUUCGAGUUCGUCCACUAGUUUAGCAAAGCCUCCAAGCAAUCCAAGUUUAACGGGAGGAAAUCGGGAUAAAGCGAAAGCCUGGGUUAGAGAACAAGCUUCGCAAUUUUUAGCUAGAUAUCAAGACGACGCUCCCUGUACGCAUCCAGCUUUAACUGUUCUUGCCAGACUCACUUCUGCGAUUCAGCGUCUUCAAUCUAAUGAUUUGGAUGAGAGUUUCUUAGCGUUGACGGAACUACGUGAUAUUGUCUUGGAAAGUGAUAUAUCCCCUUUCGAGAUGAACUUCAGUGGGCUGAUAAAGGCUUUGUUAAACUACCUCACAACCACCGAUGCACCUGGAAAUAGAUACGAUCGACUUCGUAUGUUCUGGAAAUUAUUUUCCGAGUCUACUAUGCAACAAGAUAGCAAUCUGAUGGACAUACACGCUGGAGCGUUUGGUGCUUUGGUUUUGAAAUUGAAUAGCUGUGUUGCACAAUUGGAACAGUUUCCGGUUAAGGUCCAUGAUUUACCAGCUGGUUCUGGGGCUGGAAGGGGCAGUGUAAGCGCUCUUAAAUUCUUCAAUACACAUCAGCUAAAGUGCAAUCUUGUUCGUCAUCCUGACUGUAAUAGUAUGAAACAGUGUAAAGGUGGUCCUGUGAAAGUAGAUCCACUCGCUCUCGUGCAGACUAUAGAACAUUAUCUGAUGUUGCCUAAGUGCGAGAAGAUAAGGGAUGCUGAGUCCAUGGCUAGUGAGGAAGAAAAUAGUGAAGAAGAUGCAGAUGAUCGUUUGCCGGGCGUGAAUCAAAACUCAGGAAAGCACAAAAUUGAAUUGCUAAUCGGCAACGAGGUUCUGCCUUUCGACAUGACUGUUUAUCAAGCAGUGAGACAAUUUGGUUGUGCUGGAAACGAUCAUUCCGAAGCUGAUGCUGACAGCGAACCCCCUCUUGGCCAAGACAUUGUUUGGGUGCAAACGCACACUAUUUACUAUAGACGCAUAACCAAGGAUGAUAAUUCCACCUCGCCGAAACCUGGAUCCAGUUCUCAGUUGAGUAGUCGGAAAGGAAAAGGGAAGAGCACAAAAAUUAGCUCGAAGAGAAAAGAAGACAGUCUUUGGCAGGACGGAAAUAUACCCGCACAAAAAUGUCCUCUUGCUCCUUAUCUUUCCCCGACUUUACCAUCUCUAGUGAAUAUUUCAGACGCAUCAUUGGACGGGCUUUGCCUUCUGCGACUUCUGCAUGCUUUAAAUAGACACUGGGCAGUGCUUUUCCCACAUUUGAAAAGCAUUAGUCCUCUAUCAUCGCAGGAGUUUAUCAACAACAAGAUCGCGGCAAAGGCGAGUCGACAACUUCAAGAUCCUCUUGUGAUUGUCACUGGAAGCUUGCCUUCCUGGCUGCAACAGAUCGCUACCGUCUGUCCAUUCCUCUUCCCUUUCGACACGAGGCAACUCUUACUGUACGUAACAUCUUUCGAUCGAGACCGUGCUCUUCAGCGCCUCCUGGAUUCGGCUCCCGAAAUCACUGGACCCGAUAGUCAAGAAAGAGUCACGCCACGUUUACAGAGGAACAAGAAGAGGAUAUCAAGAAACGAAAUUUUAAAGGAAGCUGAAAGAAUUGUUCAGGAAGUCUCGUCGAGUAAAGCUCUUCUGGAAGUGGAAUAUGAAAACGAGGUCGGAUCUGGUUUGGGACCAACUCUGGAAUUCUACGCUCUCGUGUCCCGAGAUUUGCAACGCGCUGAUCUCGAAUUGUGGCACGGAAGCUCGAGUCCAACUCUCGAUGGCUAUAUCAACAAUCCCCAUGGCCUUUCAGCUGCCCCGAUUCCAUGGAAUACGAGGGUUUCGCAACUUGCCAAGUUAAAAACGAAAUUCAAGUUCCUUGGAAAGUUUACAGCGAAGGCGAUUUACGACUCGAGAAUGUUGGACUUGCCAUUCAGUUUAACGUUCUACCGCUGGCUGCUGGGAGAAGAAUACUCGUUGAGUUUGUCAGAUCUCGCCUACGUUGAUCCAGAUGUUCAUCGGUCGUUGAACAAAUUGCAGGAAGUUGUCAGGCGGAAAGAAGCGAUCGAGCGAGAUCAAACUUUGAGACCACACGAGAAAGCUCAGAUGAUUGAACUUCUCGAUAUGGAUGGAUGUCGGAUUUCGGAUCUAGGACUUGUCUUUGAAUUGCCUGGGUAUGAAAACAUCGAGCUGAGAAAAGGCGGAGGCGAAAUCCCGGUUACUAUUCACACCUUGGAUCAGUAUAUCAAGCUUGUUGUGCACUGGUUCCUUUAUGAAGGAGUCUUCAAGCAGAUGGAGGCAUUCCGCGAAGGUUUCGAGUCAGUUUUCCCGAUUGGACACUUGAAGCUCUUCUUUCCGGAGGAACUUGAAGCGGUAUUUUGUGGACAUGUGCAAACUGGAGGUCGCUGGGAUGUCAGAACUUUACAGGAAUGCUGCCGAACUGAUCAUGGAUAUACUCCAGAUUCAAGAGCAAUUCAGUUCCUGUUUGAAGUGAUGUCAGAGUACAAUAGCGAGGAGCAGAGACAGUUUAUCCAGUUUGUUACUGGAUCUCCAAGACUGCCUGUCGGUGGAUUUAAGAGCUUGACACCGCCGUUGACGAUAGUGCGGAAGACACUAGACCCCACGAUGAGAGCAGACGACUUCCUGCCUUCCGUGAUGACUUGUGUGAACUACCUGAAACUGCCAGACUACACGACCCUGCGGAUAAUGCGAGACAAACUGCGGAUAGCAUCUCAUGAGGGUCAACACUCGUUCCACCUCUCCUAGAAACAGAAGACACAUCAGACCCAUCUUCUUCGCUUACUUCUUCUCCGCUGUUUGAGACCGGCAGGUCUCGUCCGAUCUAAACUCCAAAUCCUCAAUCCGACCCCCCCAUGUAAACCCUCAAGAAGAAAGAAAGAAAGCAAAAACAAAUAAAUUCCCCUUCUAAAGAAACAUGAAAUCACGGAAGAACUUGUGAAAUCUUGAGUCACAAGCAGACAAUUUCCCAUACACUCUUGAUUCUCUCAUCAUUUCAACCGAAUAAAUUCUAGUUUGAUGUCGACUACUUUUCACGUGUACCGAUUUCGAUUUGGGUCGCGUUUAAGGGUUCGCGAUAUAACCGGAUGAUCUUGACCUUACAAAAAAAAAAGUUGAAUGUGCUUUGUCGCAGUGGUCUGGUAAUUUGUCUUCGGUGUUAGAGUAACGGAGGCAGAACGAGAAACAACUGUAAAUACAUAGAAUUAUGUCGAGGCAGUUUAAUAAUUGAUAAUAACGCAAGUCUAUAUAAUUAUAUAAAUACUUUAUAUUAUAUUAGUAUCGAAAUCAGUACUCCUCUAGAUUCUAGAGACACCGAGUAACGACUAAACUAUGAAGCGAGAGGGCGUUUACCGUAGCUAUAAGUAAAGUUUUAUAUCAGCGAUGCAUCUUGUCGCGUCGCCACGUGUCGCUAGGAUUCUCGCCUCAACAAAUCGGAGGAGGCCGCGAAGCGCUCACGCUAAAUGUGCGCGCCCAUCACACAUCGAGAGAAAUAGAAAGAGGGAGAUAGAGAGAGAGGCAUAGGUCGACAUGACAAAUCCAAAACUUCUAUAAUAUUAACGAUAACGAUAAUAGCUACGGUUAUUUUUCUUUUCCCAUAAUUUUUUUUGUCGUCUAAUGGAUCUCUUGUGUUCGUUGUUUCGCGUCAAGGCGCGAUUCAAGUCAUGCGGCACUUCUACGUUAUCAUUUUAAUCGAUGUACCAUGUUCAAUUAUUAUUAUUAUUAUUAUUAUUAUUUGAUAUUUCUAUUGGUAGGUAAGGAUAGUCCAAUUAUUUCUUAGUUAAGGGUGCGGCCAACAUCAUUAGACUAAAUCACAAGAUUUCGGGGAAUUUUUCAUGUUUUUGUCCCAAGAGAUCCAUCGAUUUUCAAAUUUAUUUUAGUUCGGAUACAAUGUUUAUCAUAUCAAUGGGCUCUGUUAGAUUAGAUGAUAAGAUUAAAAAUCUUUUUCGGCUCUUCGCAAUUCUGACAGCUUAAUUGUAUCCGAGAAAGUAUUGUGAUUUAGUCUUCGCGCCUAGUGUUAUUUUCGAAGGUCUUUUUCUUGAGAUCUUUUUCUAGACUAUAUUUCUAGAGUAUCUUUCUCUAGAUGUUUUUUUUUUGUUUCUAGAUCCAUUUUUCUAGAUUUCUAAUUCUAAAGUUUAAUUCUGGAGUUUUGUUUUUAGAUUUUUUUCUUCUCGAAGAGAGUUGGUUCCUCCCUGAAUGAAUUUAGUCUAAUGAUGUGCGACGGUGUUUAUUACAUUUGGCAAUGUUAAUAGAAAGAAACAAUAUGUUAUCCUGUAGGCGUUACAAAACUGGAUAUAUUAUUAUUUUUAUCAUGCUCGGAAAAAAAUGGAGUUGAACCACUGCAUUAAAACAGCGGCAACCGAUGGGGCAGAAUGAAUACAAGGGAAGUUUUAGGAGUGCAUCUUUGAUCUUAGAAUUCGAUCUGGACCCGCGACAUAUUCGUAUUAUAAACAAAGUUAUAUUUAUAUCGUCUUAAUAGCAUAAAUGAAGUUGAUUUCACUCGAUUGAAAAAAAAACUUUGUUUCUUUGAAAGUCCGUAAAUAAAUGCAGUCGUAAGAAAA